UCCCCUCCCAAUCAUGUGAUUCAGGUGUUCCAAUCCCCUCCAUAUCAUAUGAUUCAGGUGUUCCAAUCCCCUCCAUAUCAUGUGAUUCAGGUGUUCCAAUCCUCUCCCAAUCAUGUGAUUCAGGUGUUCCAAUCCCCUCCUAAUCAUGUGAUUCAGGUGUUCCAAUCCCCUCCAUAUCAUGGGAUUCAGGUGUUCCAAUCCCCUCCAAAUCUUGUGAUUCAGGUGUUCCAAUCCCCUCCCUAUCAUGUGAUUCAGGUGUUCCAAUCCUCUCCCAAUCAUGUGAUUCAGGUGCUCCAAUCCCCUCCAUAUCAUGUGAUUCAGGUGCUCCAAUCCCCUCCAUAUCAUGUGAUUUAGGUGUUCCAAUCCCUCCCAAUCAUGUGAUUCAGGUGUUCCAAUCCCCUCCCAAUCAUGUGAUUCAGGUGUUCCAAUCCCCUCCCAAUCAUGUGAUUCAGGUGUUCCAAUCCCCUCCCUCUCAUGUGAUUCAGGUGUUCCAAUCCUCUCCCUAUCAUGUGAUUCAGGUGUUCUAAUCCCCUCCCAAUCAU